AUGACCCUGGGCAGCUGCUGCUGCGAGAUCAUGUCCUCCGAGAGCUCCCCGGCCGCGCUGUCCGAGGCCGACGCAGACAUAGACGUGGUGGGCGGCGGCGGCGGCGGCGGGGGGGAGCUCCCAGCCCGCUCCGGGCCCCGCGCCCCCCGGGACGUGCUCCCCCACGGCCACAAGCCUCCCCCGGAGGAAGCCGAGGCAGACGUCGCGGAGGACGAGGAGGAGUCGGGCGGCUACUCGGACGGCGAGCCCCGCGCUCUAGCGCCCCGGGGGGCGGCGGCCGCCGCUGGAAGCCCAGGGCCGGGCGCGGCGGCGGCGACGGCGGCCCGGGGCGCGGCGGGGCCCGGGCCGGGACCGCCGCCGUCGGGGGGCGCGGCGACGCGGAGCCCGCUGGUGAAGCCGCCCUACUCGUACAUCGCGCUCAUCACCAUGGCCAUCCUGCAGAGCCCCAAGAAGCGGCUGACGCUGAGCGAGAUCUGCGAGUUCAUCAGCGGCCGCUUCCCCUACUACCGGGAGAAGUUCCCCGCCUGGCAGAACAGCAUCCGCCACAACCUCUCGCUCAACGACUGCUUCGUCAAGAUCCCCCGCGAGCCGGGCAACCCGGGCAAGGGCAACUACUGGACGCUCGACCCGGAGUCGGCCGACAUGUUCGACAACGGCAGCUUCCUGCGGCGCCGCAAGCGCUUCAAGCGGCAGCCGCUGCCACCGCCGCACCCACACCCGCACCCGCACCCCGAGCUGCUGCUGCGUGGCGGGGCCGCCGCGGCGGGCGACCCCGGCGCCUUCCUGCCGGGCUUCGCCGCCUACGGCGCCUACGGCUACGGCUACGGGCUGGCACUCCCGGCCUACGGCGCGCCGCCCCCGGGGCCAGCCCCGCACCCGCACCCGCACGCCUUCGCUUUCGCCGCGGCCGCCCCGUGCCAGCUGUCGGUCCCCGCGGGCCGCGCCGCCGCUGCGCCUCCACCCGGACCUCCGACAGCCUCGGUGUUCGCGGGCGCGGCCUCGGCUCCGGCCCCCGCGCCCGCCCCGGGGUCGGGCCCCGGCCCCGCAGGCCUGCCCGCUUUUCUGGGCGCGGAGCUGGGCUGCGCUAAAGCCUUCUACCCCGCGUCCCUAAGCCCUCCCGCCGCCGGCACCGCGGCGGGCCUAUCCUCCGCACUCCUGCGCCAGGGCCUCAAGACGGACGCGGGCGGUGCGGGCGGCGCGGGCGCAGGAGCCGGGCAGAGGCCUUCCUUCUCCAUAGACCAUAUCAUGGGCCACGGUGGCGGCGGGGCAGCGCCCCCGGGAGGCGGCGAGGGCUCCCCGGUGUCGCCGUUCGCGGCCGCCGCGGGCCCCGGGGGCCCAGCCCAGGUCCUGGCCAUGCUGACUGCCCCGACCUUGGCUCCGGUGGCCGGCCACAUCCGCCUCUCGCACCCCGGGGACGCGCUCCUGUCCUCAGCGCCCCCGUUCACCGGCAAAGUCGCCGGCCUCAGUGGCUGCCACUUCUGACCGCGGCGGGCUCCGGGCCAGGUAGGCCCGCACUCCUCAGCCCCUCCCUGGAGCUCCUGCGGUCCCAGCGGAACUCAGGGAGUCUUAUUUAUGAAGGGUCCCCGGGCCAGGGGGC